AUGGCCGGCACUGCUAUGCCAGCGCCGACUGCCGACCUUCAGACAACUUGGGCCUUCCUCGAAGAUGGCGUUGACCAUAUCAUGACAAAACUACAAACUGGUGUUUCGUACUCCAAGUACAUGUCGCUUUACACUGUGGCGUAUAACUAUUGUACGUCGUCGAAAAUGUCAACGCCAUCGGAGAGCAGUGGCAUCGCCAAUCGAACUGGCGCGAAUCUCAUGGGUGCAGAUUUGUACAACAACCUAAUCCGAUACUUCGUCAACCAUCUGAAGGCUCUUCGCGAGAAAGCCGAGACACUCCAAGACGAAGCUCUUUUACAAUAUUAUGCGACAGAGUGGGAGCGCUACACAACUGGUGCCAACUACAUCAACCGCCUGUUCACAUAUCUCAACCGGCAUUGGGUCAAGCGGGAGCGUGACGAGGGCAGGCGGGGCGUCUAUCCUGUCUACACGCUCGCUCUUGUUCAAUGGAAGAACAAUCUCUUUGUACCGAUUCAACGUAGGAAUACCAAGUUAGCCAGUGCCAUCCUACGCCUCGUCGAAUUGCAAAGACACGGGGAAACCAUUGACCAAGGCCUGGUGAAGAAGGUCGUCGACUCGCUUGUUUUGCUGGGCUUGGAUGAGGCAGAUCCUAACAAGGCUUGUCUUGAUGUUUACAAAGAGCAUUUCGAGAUGCCAUUCCUCGAAUCCACCGAACUACACUACAAAAACGAAUCAGAAUCAUUCCUUGCCGAAAACACCGUGUCGGACUAUCUGAAGAAAGCUGAAGAACGACUCAGAGAGGAAGAAGACCGUGUCGAGCGAUACCUCAAUACCGGCACACGCAAACCCCUCGUCCUCAAGUGUGAACAUGUUCUCAUUCGUGAACACUCGAAACUGAUGUGGGAUCAUUUCCAAAAUCUCCUCGAUUACGACAAAGACGAAGACCUACAGCGGAUGUACUCGCUGCUAUCUCGUAUUCCUGAGGGUCUGGAACCACUGCGAAAGAGAUUUGAGGACCACGUGAAGAAUGCGGGUUCGGCUGCUGUUGCAAAAUUGGUUGGCGCUGGCGGUGACUCUCCUGGAGAUGCUAUUGAUCCAAAGGCGUACGUCGAUGCGUUGCUCGAGGUACAUCAUAAGAACUCCGAGACCGUCACGCGGAGCUUCCGUGGUGAGGCUGGGUUUGUGGCCAGCUUGGACAAAGCCUGCCGCAUCUUUGUUAACCGCAAUGACGCGACGGGAGCGUCGAAUUCCAAGUCUCCGGAGCUUAUCGCCAAACAUGCAGACUUGUUACUUCGCAAGAACAACAAGAUGGCCGAGGAAGACGACCUGGAAGCUGCGUUGAACCGUGUGAUGAUCCUAUUCAAAUAUAUCGAGGACAAAGAUGUUUUCCAGCAAUUCUACACCACAAAGCUGUCGAAACGUCUCAUCCAUGGGGUCUCGGCUUCUGACGAGAGCGAGGCGAGCAUGAUUUCAAAACUGAAAGAGGCAUGCGGCUUUGAGUAUACCAACAAGCUCCAGCGCAUGUUUACUGACAUGAGUCUAAGCAAGGACCUCACCGACCAAUUUAAAGAUCGAAUGGCUCAGAACCACGACGAUAUGGACAUUAACUUUAGCAUCAUGGUUCUCGGCACCAACUUCUGGCCUCUCAACCCCCCUACACAUGAAUUCGUGAUUCCUGCGGAGAUUUUACCAACAUAUGACCGUUUUUCCAAGUACUAUCAGACGAAACAUUCUGGCAGGAAACUCACCUGGCUGUGGAAUUACUCGAAAAACGAACUCCGGACCAACUACACAAACCAGAAAUAUAUGUUCACGACAAGCGCAUAUCAGAUGGCCAUCCUCAUGCAGUACAAUCGCAACGACACACUAUCCUUAGCCGAGCUAGAAACAGCAACUUCGAUAACCAAAGAGAUUCUUUCACAAAGCCUUGGGAUCCUCGUUAAAGCUAAAGUUUUGAUAAACGAGGAGACUGACCAAUACGACCUGAAUCCCAACUUCAAAUCGAAGAAGAUUCGCGUUAACCUCAAUCAACCCAUAAAGGCGGAGGUGAAGGCGGACACUACAGACGUCCUGAAGACGGUCGACGAAGACCGGAAAUAUGUCAUUCAAGCCACGAUCGUCCGCAUAAUGAAGGCACGCAAAACGAUGAAAAAUCAGCCUUUGAUCCAGGAGGUCAUCUCUCAAGUCACCCAGCGUUUCUCACCCAAGAUCCCGGAUAUCAAAAAGGCAAUUGAUCAAUUACUGGAGAAGGAGUACAUUGAGCGGGUGGAUGGCACACGAGAUACGUUUGCUUAUGUUGCCUAA